AAUAAGUAAAGCACUUCAAAUUAUGUCGAAGCUUCAUUAGCUUUCCUGAAGAAAGGAAGUGGAAACACGUUGUGGUUUAGUGUCUCUGCACUGAAAGGAAAUCUGCAGUUUGAUCAAUGCUUUUACAGACGAAAGACAAUGGAGAAGAUCAUGCUCUUUUGUGUUUUUUCAUACUUGAUUGUUCAGAUCAGCUCCAGCGAUGCUUCAGAACAUAAUGUGACUCUGUUAAGAUUCCGGCUGAAUGAAACCAUCACUCUGAACUGCAACAUGACCCACACAUACGAAAUAGCCUGGUAUCACCAGAAUCCUGAAUCUGGACGACUAACACUGCUGAUAUAUCCUAUGGGCGAGAUAAUAGAUCUAAAUUCAAUCCAUGUAAACUUUCGCGCAACAUUUAAAGCAGUUAAAUGGAGCAACACAUUCUCGCUAAUUAUUACUGGACUAAUGGAGUCAGAUUCAGGUCUUUAUUUCUGUGGAACAAGAUCAGCGACUUCAGACAUGUACUUUGAGAAACCCAUCAGACUACAGCUUGAGGACAAGCUGACAGACAGAGAAGACAAAGUUCAGUCCGUCACAGAUCUGCCAGAGAGCACAGCCUCUACAGUCGAGGCGAUGCUGACGGAGCGUGUCAUGAUGUUCGGUGGUGCUGGUCUGGCUGUGUUUGUGUUUUUUCUGGCUACAGUUGUUGCAGGAGGAAUCAUUCACUGUUACGGUUGGCAGAAAGGAUGGGCCACAGCUAAACGUGCUGGUCUGACUGAUUAAAAAAAUAACCUAAAUGUCACUAAAUUUUGUGCUUUAUUUUUCACUCUAUAACAAUAAUCAGCAUUGCUGUAUGUUAUCACUGAUGGUGGCUACAGAUCUCAUUUAGACUUCUGUUGUGGUAAAGUUCUCGAGGAGCAUUAAAGUGCCCCCUUUAUGCUAUCUGAAAAGUACAUAAUUUGCUUUGAGCAUCCUCAACAGUAGGUUCACAUGCAUGCAAGAUCAAUAAACAUGCACUUUCAUUGACUCUUGUGUGCAUGGUUCUCAAACGAUUCAUCUUUCCAAACCCCUCCUUUGUGAGAGGCUACUCUGCUCUGAUUGGACAGAUAUGUGUCCCUGGAGCAUAAAACCAGUCAUAAGUUGCACAGAUAUAUUUGUAGCAAUAGCCAACAAUACAUUGUAUGGGCCAAAAUGAUUGAUUAUGCAAAUGUGGUAACUUGUGACGUGUGAACAAAUGACUCAUUUCAAUGAUUCAGAGUCGACUCUUUCUUGAUGCACUUCAUGACACACUUUUAGCUUUAUAACUUUGCAGACUGUUUACAUUCAAAUACAGCUACAUCACAUACUGAAUAAAAGGUAAUUUUCAAAAAUCCAUAAUGGGGCACUUUAAUAUGUACAUUUAAGCUGAGUUCAAAAGAAAAUAUAAAUGCCAUGGCACAUAAAGCUUGCUCAAAUAAAAUGUCUUCAAUGUUAAAUGUGUUUGUUGAGAGUUCUGAUCAAAUAAAGAGCAGUAAAACUAAGAAA